ACAAUCAUUUCACCAGCAUUAAUGAACGGAAUAUUCUCAACGUCUGGAUCUUGUUUCAGAGAGCUGCUAUCUAAUCCCCCGGGAAAGCUAAUCCAGCAACAGAUCUAUGCAUUGUAUUCCACUUUUUGUUGAUUUGGUUAUGACCUAAGCAGAGCAAGUUUCCAAGGAAUUGCAAAUACGUAUUGGGUUGUAUUUCAAGGGGCACUUUAAAACAAAACAAAUAUUCCAAUGAUAGAAAAACUCCCCACACUGCCAUUUGGUGAACCAAAUCUAGGCAAGCAACCUUUCAGGCUGGUUCCAGCCUCACCACCUUCUCUCUUGUAUACUUUCUCUCUCCUGUCCCAUCUUCAGUUCUGUCAUUUUUCCACUUGUGGAAGAAAGUUCCCAGGUUUGGUUCAGCGCAUGCCCAAGGCGAUCAUGUUUCUCAGAAGUGCUCUGCUGGGAAUUUUUCUUUUCUGCAUUCUCUGGACAGAAACUACUUUGGCUGGCUCCAGUUUUUUAAGCCCUGAAUACCCAAGGACACAGCAGCAAAAAGAUGCUAAGAAGCUUACCACCAAAUUACACCGCCGGGGCACAGAAGGAGUUUUGGAUACAGAUGAAAAACAGGCAAAGGGAGACAGCAAUGAAAUCGAAGUUAAGUUCAAUGUCCCCUUUGAAAUUGGUGUCAAGAUAACAGCAGGACAGUACCAAGAGUACGGACAAGAGCUCGAAAGGAUCUUAGAGGACAUUCUUACAGGGGACCCUAAAGAAGUCCAAGUGGAAAACUGACAGGAGUUGAAGGACACCAGCAGCACAUGAUGACUGUAUUACAACAAAACUCUGCUUUCAAGUUGUGGACCUGAAAAAUAUUCUUUUAAAAAAACAGAUGCCUGGGGCUGAAUAAUUUACAUUUUUUAAAUCAUUUGGGUGAAAACGGAUCUUUUUGGGAGGGAGGCAAGAGAUUAAAUAACUUGGUAAAGAAAACCAGCAGCCACCUGACUUCUAAGUUGUUUUUACUUUUAUUUUUUUCUUGAUUGUAUCACACAUGUUCUAGGAUGUGUUUGGAAGUCAUUUGAACCUUUUCUACAAAGGGAGGGAGGAGGCCUGUGUAUGCUUCUGCAGCAGAAAAUAAAAGUAGUAUUGAAACUGCA